UUAGUUGAACGUCACGACCUUUGAAAUCAUAAACUGGAGUCAAAUGAACGAUUAUCUCUGGUUAAGGUAGUCCAGGUGUGAAAUACUACUAUGAGCGUCCUGUGUCGUAUGUUUACGAAAGGUCUAUUUUGUGGACAACCGCAGUGGUUGUCAGUAGGUGGAUCUCAAUAUUUUUGUAGCGGAGCAUCUCGACUGGAUUGUGUUCGGCGUGACAGCGCUGCUAACUCUACCAGUCCUGUAAGCUUGACAUAUGACGUGUUUGACGGGAAAGGGGACAGCACACCUCUCGUUUUUCUACAUGGCUUAUUCGGGAGCAAAUCAAACUUUCACUCUAUAGCUAAAUCUCUAGUUCAGCGGACAGGCCGGAAGGUGCUGACAGUAGAUGCUCGUAACCAUGGCAAGAGCAUGCAUACCCCAGUUUUGACGUAUGAGGCAAUGACCAAUGACCUGACGCAUCUGCUUGGCCAGUUGCGCAUUGGAAAAUGUAUCCUAAUUGGGCAUAGCAUGGGGGGCAAAGUUGCUAUGGCUACAGCUUUGUCACAGCCCAGUUUGGUGGAGCGACUCGUAGUGGUAGACAUUAGUCCUGCACCAACAUCAGUUCGCACCAAUUUCCGUGCCUAUAUUGAGGCUAUGAAGGAGGUGAAAAUAGCCACUGACAUUCCACGCUCUACAGCACGCAGACUAGCUGAAGAUCAGCUCAGAAAGCAAGUUAAAGAGCAUUCAGUCCGACAGUUUCUCCUCACUAAUCUUGUGGAGCAGAAUGGACAUUAUGCCUGGAGAGUCAAUUUAGAAGCUAUAUCAAACCACAUGGAUGACAUUAUGGGUUUCCCUGAGUUUAACACCACCUAUGAAGGACCCACCCUCUUCCUGGGUGGCAGUAGCUCAGCUUACAUUAGCUCUGAAGAUUACCCUGAGAUCCAGCGUCUCUUUCCAUGUGCAGAUAUCCAGUACAUCCCUGAUGCCAGUCACUGGAUUCAUGCUGACAAGCCUCUGGACUUCAUAAGCUCCAUUAUCAGAUUCCUGCAGAGCUAGUACCCAGGCCAACUCAGACAGGUGGGUUCAGUGGUAUAUGGACAUUGUGAAGUCCAUAAGGCAUGGACCAAACACAUUGUUUUUUAAAAUUAGACCCUGACCAUCAAAUGCAGAACUUGAUCUUUUGUUAGUAUAGUUAUUUGGAGUUACAGAUGUGUUAACAUGAUAUUUAUUUUUAGAUUUACAGUAUGCACUUUCUCAAGAUUCACUGACACUGAAUACCUUGGUUUCUCUCUAAAACAGUUAUCAAUUUCAUACAUAUAAAUUACAUUUCAGGGCUCUGCUUUGCCCACAGCAUUGUUUUGCAUAAUGGAAACCAUUGUAGUGGAACAAUUGUGAUCAUUCUGAACUUGAUGACCCUCUGCCUUGUUUAUCGUGAGGUUGGCUCUGUAGGCAGGUGCACACUUGCAUUCUUGCAGCAUUCUGUGGAAGAUGUACAAUUUCUUUGUUCUAAUAGUAAGUCCAAAGAUUCCUAUGCAGCAGGGACCUGGUGUUUCUGGCACUGUUUUUGAGCAUGCAUGUACCUCUCAUUGUCAUACAAAAGUUAAUUUUAUAAGAUGUAACAAAAAUAUAUUAUUUCAAUAGACACACUGCUCCAUAAAAAUAGCAUUUUGUUUUUCAAAGCAUCAGGUGAUUUUCUCCUGAGUAGACAUCACUUAUUAACUUCAAGAAAUAUACAAGCUGUACAAAUAAGUUAUGUCCUGCAUCGUUGUGAGUUGGUUUUUCAUAGGUUUAAUAAGAGUUUAUAGAGGUAUCUGGUGUGUGUUUUCCUGUUUGUUUGUAUAUUCAUGUGAGUGGCAUGUAGGACUGUGUUGUGAUGUGUGUUUAACCAAAAACUGAGUAAAUAAAUAACCUUAUAUUCUAUGAUGCUGCCAGGUACAUGCUAAAAAGCACCAUUUGUCAGGUUCAGUAGGCUUGUCUUAUGUGGCCACCUUUUGUUAACUGUGGAUGUGUGUCAGUAUUUUGUGACUGAAUGGUAUUUUGUAUUAUUAUACUGAACAUAUGACAUACUACUAUUGGAUAAUGAUCAGAAUAAUAUAUUUAUAUCUUACAACUGUGAUGUCUAUGCUAUAUGUUUGUGUAUGUUUGAAAGUCAAUUAGGUUUAUAAAACAUGCUGCAGAAUUAAACUCCAAAUGCAAGAGGGUAUUUAACUGAUCUGCUCAACCGCAUAAUAGCUGUAUAUAUUGCUUGUGUUAGAAAUAUGAGUAGCUUGUAGUACAUACACUGCCAGUGGUCCUUGUUAUGAGGAUAAACUGUGUUGCAAGAGGGAAUGGGUGUGAACAUGCACAUGUUAAUAUGUAUUUUUUAGAAAUUAUCUUUCUAAAACUGAAGUUUACUUUUAUCAGCUAAUAUUCAGUUACCAGCAAUGCAAAUGCAUUGUCUUAUGUUUGUCUUGUCAGAGGGGUAUUGAUGAAUUGGCCCUUUCUGGUCAAAGCAAAGUCUGAAAAAUUUGCUUGGGGUUUUAGAGAAUGGUUUACUUUGGUAUGUUUCCAAGGCUGCGGACCACUUCAUAAAGCAGGUUUAAUUGAAUGUCUUUUGUCCUGCUAUGAUUGAAUACCACAAAUUUUAAUUUCAAAACCUAAUGUGUAAUAAAUAGGAUGGUUUUCUAGUCAUCUAAUUUCUGAAAUUAGGUGACUGAAAAAUUGUAUAGUUUGUUCAGAAUUUUAUAAACCAGAGCUCAUGUAUGACUGUACAUUAAAUGUGGUAAAUCUUGUUUUGGCAGUUCUCAAAAUAUUCCUGUGUCUUUGCUUUGGCAUCAAUGAAAGUCUUGUCAUUUACAUAGUUUAUCUUGUUGGCUAAUUUAAAGUGUUCUUUGGUUUUUUUUGUAGCCUUUAAAUAAAUAGAAAUAGAUAGAUGUCAAUAUAUGGACAGUUAAAAUGACUAUUUAAUAUACAUUACUUUCAGUACUUUAUAAUGUAUUUAUCUACCACAAUAAAACAUUACAUUCUUACAGCUGUGCACGAUCUCAAUAAAGGGUUUUUUGUUUGUGAUAAAACACAGACAAUAUAUACUGGUGUUCUGUUGUAGGAUUAGUUUAAUUUUUUAUAAUUCUGAGGACCAUAGACUGAACAACAAUUUAGUUUUAACAGAUUUCUGGUUGGUAAUACUAAUGUAAAGAAACUAAACCAGUAGUAUUGUUAGGUGAGAUGUGGUGCACAGAUACUCAUCAAUCAGCUGUAUGUUGUGCCAAGCAUUUAACAUGCAAAGUGUUCCUCUCUUCAAGUAAAGUCUAUCUGUUAGGUUAUGUGUUGUCACGUGUUAUUUCACAAAACUUGGUCAACUAAAGUUUCUGUGGAUGUAUUUCUCUUGCAUGCAAGCUGGGUUCUGUAUAUAGAUAUCCAACUAAAUAAAUGUUCAAGUUUUAUGAUCAGAAAACCUGA